AUGGCGGUCAACGGCUUCUGUCAUGGCUCGGACCAGAUUCUGUGGCUUCCCCGAAGUGUCAGAAUGGCAGGCCCGAGUAGGCAACAGUUACCUGACUUCCUGUUGGGGCGGAUCGGUCAGCCCGGGUACCCGGGGCUGGUGUGGCAGGGGCCCCGCGGGACUGUCUUCUCCCUCCCCUGGCCCAGGUGGAAGGCCCGGCUGAGGAAUGCUCUCGCUAGGUCUCGCGAGAUCAGUGAGGAAAUCUCGGACGAGGACCGGACGGGGCAGCCGUGCAAACUCUACCGUUUCACCGACCAUGGUGCAUCGGUGUCUUCCCAGAGUUCAUCGGUACAACCUGGAGGAAACCCUGCCCCCCUCCCCACAAUACUGGUGUCGGUGUUCUACCGGGGGGUUCAAGUGACUUCCCGUCGCUUUGAGACCGACUGCUGGGUUCUGUACCCACCUGUUCUGUCCCCUGAAGAGCAACAAGAUGUCAUCCAAGCUCGCCCGCCAGAUGUCGCUCUUCUAGAACUCCCAGUACCUGUUGUCCAUGACGAUCCUCUCUACCAGGUCCUGUCAAGCUUCAAGCAGGGCAUCUUUCUGUACGUCUCUGCUGGCUGCGUUUAUGCAGUCCGCCGCUGCGUGGCGCGCGUGUACUGGAGAAGCCCGCAUACCCCGGAUGUGGAACACGUUCUUGAACGAGACGGAGGCGACGGACGGAACGCGGCGGUACUUCUGGACUGUGGAGACAUGGAGGGUGGACAAACCUCCAGAGUGGAUCUCAGCGUUGGUCAGAGUUUUAGCAGUAGUUGUAGUCUUGUAGUUGUAGUUGUGACAGCAACUCGCUAGGUGGCAGCACGAAAUCAUAGCCAGUCCUCAGGUAUAUUAAAACAAGUAUUUUCAUACGUCUAAAAAGCUUUUGAUUUCUAAGUCUUCUAGAGCAGCUUUCAGAUGAGCAGCGAUGAGCAAAGUAAGC